AUGGUGCCGGGCGAUCACGCGGAGGAGGCCAUCGUGCCCAUGGCGGACGGCGCCAACGGCAGGGGGGAGGUGCGCGCGAUGGACACGGCGUGGGACGGCGGCGAGGACUCCGAGCAGCAGCAGGGCGGCGGCGGCAAGUUGAGCAUGAAGGACCUGCUGUGGCACGGCGGCUCCGUCUGGGACGCCUGGUUCAGCUGCGCCUCCAACCAGGUUGCGCAGGUGCUGCUGACGCUGCCCUACUCCUUCUCGCAGCUGGGGAUGGUGUCGGGCCUCCUGCUGCAGGUGUUCUACGGCCUCAUGGGCAGCUGGACCGCCUACCUCAUCAGCGUCCUCUACGUCGAGUACCGCGCCCGCAAGGAGAAGGAGGGCGUCAGCUUCAAGAACCACGUCAUACAGUGGUUCGAAGUCCUCGAUGGGCUGCUGGGCCCGUACUGGAAGGUGGCCGGCCUCGCCUUCAACUGCACCUUCCUCCUCUUCGGCUCCGUCAUCCAGCUCAUCGCCUGCGCAAGUAACAUCUACUACAUCAACGACCGGCUGGACAAGCGGACAUGGACCUACAUCUUCGGCGCCUGCUGUGCCACCACCGUCUUCAUCCCCUCCUUCCACAACUACCGCAUCUGGUCAUUCCUCGGCCUCGGCAUGACCACAUACACUGCAUGGUACAUCACCAUCGCCGCCGCCGUCCACGGCAAGGUCGAUGGCGUCAAGCACUCGGGCCCGAGCAGCCUCAUGCUCUACUUCACUGGCGCCACCAACAUCCUCUACACUUUUGGCGGCCACGCCGUCACCGUCGAGAUCAUGCACGCCAUGUGGAAACCUCGCAAGUUCAAGUACAUCUACCUGGUGGCGACGUUGUACGUCUUCACGCUGACGCUGCCGUCGGCGGCGACCAUGUACUGGGCAUUCGGCGACGCGCUGCUCACGCACUCCAAUGCCUUCUCGCUGCUCCCCAAGACCGGGUGGCGCGACGCGGCGGUGAUCCUGAUGCUCAUCCACCAGUUCAUCACCUUCGGCUUUGCCUGCACCCCGCUCUACUUCGUGUGGGAGAAGGCCAUCGGCAUGCACCACACCGGCAGCAUCUUCCUCCGCGCCCUCGCGCGCCUCCCCAUUGUCGUCCCCAUCUGGUUCUUCGCCAUCAUCUUCCCCUUCUUCGGGCCCAUCAACUCCGCCGUCGGCGCCCUCCUCGUCAGCUUCACCGUCUACAUCAUCCCCGCCGUCGCGCACAUGCUCACCUACCGUUCGGCCUCCGCCAGACAGAAUGCGGCGGAGAAGCCACCGGCGUUCCUGCCGAGCUGGAGCGGGAUGUUCGUGGUGAACCUCUUCGUCGUCGUGUGGGUGCUGGUCGUCGGCUUCGGGCUCGGCGGCUGGGCCAGCGUCACCAACUUUGUCAAGCAGAUCGACACCUUUGGCCUCUUCGCCAAAUGCUACCAAUGUCCACCCAAGGCGCACGUUGGGUCGCCCCUCUCGGCGCCGCCGCACCACUAGCGGGGCAGUUCUAGCCGCCCGCCGGAAACAAGGAGCUUUCG